AUGAGAGAGCACACAGCCGCUGAAGCUGGAAUCCUUGAGGAUGUGUCAAAUGUCUACCUAGGUGGUCGUUUAUGUGCUGCACGUCAACCAAAGAAUGUUAUCGAACCGCAGGACAUUGGAUCUUACUACUAUAGACAUUGUUUUGCGGGUCGAGCACAUGUGGAAUAUUUCGGAGUAGAUGACGAACUUGGCCCAAUAGCCGUGAGCAUGGUCCGUGAAGCCGUCGAUAAGAAGGGUGGUUCGGGUUCAGCCAUUUACCGGCUGAUCAUUCGGAUUAGUGAUCUGCGAACAAUGCGCGUCGCCGUACCAGAGGAGGCGCUAUCCGAUAAUGGUGAUCGUUCUACGCGACCUCUGAUGAGAGAACUCAUGGAAAUGGUAUAUCAACUUAUAAUUAACUAUUUUUGA